AAAGGUUGAAGAAACAAAACGCAUCGACUCCGUCUCUCUUGUUGACGCAAAGCAGAAGCUUUAGCACGGCGAAAGCCAGCCAAGCCUGAGAGAGAAGAAACCCAAUAAUCGUUAAAAAAAACUCUUUCUGCUUCGUGUCCUUUUCGUAUCCUCUGCUUUACUACACGACACGUCGUUUUUACCUCCCUCUAUACCCCUUCUUCUGCAUAUAUUAUUAGUAGAUUUUGAGAGGUUCGAUUUUGUUUGGGAAUGGCAACGGAGACAUCAAAAGACGAAUUAUUGCAGCUAAUCAAAAGAUUUAGUGCUUAUUUAACCGUCAAGAUCUCAAAUCUCUUCUCUUUUAAUACCCUGGAUUCACGAUCAGUUGGGGCUGUUGCGGGGCUUGCUGUUGCGAUAGUCUUUACAUGGAGGUUGUUGAGGUCAAAUAGUGGACCUCAACGAAGGCAGCCGAAACGGCAAGCUUCUACGACUAGUAGUUCUGCAGUGACUACUCAACCCAACGCAGUGUCGAUAUCUUCUGGGGGUGUUUGUUCAUCUUCCGAGGAUUUGAGAGUGCAAAAUGCUGUUGAUGAGUUCUUUCAACCAGUAAAACCAACUUUGGCGCAAAUUGUUAGGCAAAAAUUGAGCGAAGGAAGAAAGGUCACAUGUCGUUUGUUUGAAGUAAUCCUUGAGGAAAGCAGUCCAGAGGAGCUUCAGAUUGUGAGCCAAGCAACUGUGAGGUCCUCUGUGCUGGAAGUGCUGUUAGAAAUCACAAAAUUUUGUGAUCUGUAUCUCAUGGAAAGAGUUCUUGAUGAUGAGAGUGAACAAAAGAUUCUUGCAGCUUUGGAAAAUGCAGGAGUUUUCACUUCUGGUGGUUUGGUCAAAGACAAGGUUCUCUUUUGUAGCACAGAAACUGGACGGUCAUCUUUUGUUCGACAACUAGAGCCAGAUUGGCAUAUUGACACUAAUCCUGAAAUCCUUUUUCAGUUAGCUCGAUUUAUCAAAUAUCAGCUUCAUGUUUCUCCUACUAGAAUUGAACGGACGGCUGCAAAUGUGUUCAGUUCUCCAUCCUUGGAACAGUUCUUCGGAUGCAUAUGAUGUAUCGACCUAUAAAACUUGAAAAUAGAAUUUAUAAGUCAAAAUAGUUUGUUCUUUCUGUUCCGACUGAUUACAGCUAAACGUUUUUCAGUCAAUCUUUCCUAGUUGCCGGUCUUCUGAUGAAGGGCUGUCAUGUCAUGUAUUCCACCGCUAUUUCAAGCUCAAAGCUUUGUUUGUUUGAAA